AUGGCUGCCACUUCUUCCUUUGGCGACGACGCUGACCUCAUGGUUGCCGACGACCUGUACUUGAUAGCAGUUUGCCAAGGAAUAAGCCAAGCAGACGCCACCGGGCUCAUGGCGAUAUCCGACGAGGAGUACGCCGCGGAACUCCAGCUCCAAGAGCUCCUCCUCCUCCUCUCGCCUCCGCCACCUCUUGCAGUUGCAGCCCCUGCCACCGGGGAAGACGACGCAACUGCGGUGGCAACUUGCAAGAUCUGCCUGGACUACGUGCCACCGUCGCACGUGCACCACGCAAGUCGCGGCUGCGCACACGCCUUCUGCACAGCCUGCCUCUCCGGCUACAUCAGCGCAAAGACCCAAGGCGGCCGCAUCUCCGACAUCAAGUGUCCGGGGGACGGGGAGGACUGCUGCAACGUCCUUGACCCCGAACUCUGUCAAGGCAUCAUAUCCGGCGAGGCUUUCGAGGCCUUGUGCGCCGCACUGUGCAUGUCCAUGGUGGAGGGGGCCGGCAACUUUUGCUACUGCCCCUUCAACGACUGCUCGGAGAUCUUGGUGGACGAUCGCGGCGGCGACGUGCCGGAGUCGGAGUGCCCGGCGUGCAGGAGGCUGUUCUGUGCACGGUGCGGCGUGCCAUGGCACGCUGGCAUUAGCUGUGCCGAGUAUGGGCAAUUAGCACCUGGGGACAAGGGGAAGGAGGACUUAGUGGUGCUGGAGAUGGCCAAGGGGGAGAAGUGGAAGAGGUGCCCCCAUUGCAAGUUCUUGGUCGACAAACGCGAAGGCUGUGUGCACAUAACUUGCAGGUGA